AUGUUAUUAACCACUGGUGUCAUUGCUGGCCUGGUUGCCCUUGGUGCAGCUUCACCUGCCCCUACCCCAGACGACAACCACGGUCGCUGGUCGAUCAGCUGCAGCGGAGCAAACAAGUGCGGAUACGUACAAAGCGGGCAUGGGAAGACUCAUGGCGAGGACCCUGUUGCAACAUUGGAGGGGCGCAGUACAGAUGAGCCCAUCGAACCGCCAUGCCAGGAUUGCAGCAGUGACGGCUUCAAGUCCUCACUAUGCUCUUCAUGCAAAGGUCUGAAGAACGAAGUCGGUGUGGCCAUCUACGGAUGCUACCUCCCUUUCACGAUGGACAAGAUGUGUGUCUCCACCCCGGGCUUUGACCCAGAAAUUCACAAUACGACUGGAGUCGCAGUCUCCCUGUUGCGUCGUGGUGACGUUCGGCCACAAUAUGGUCCUGAAGAGCCCAGUCCCAUGCCCAGUGGGCCAGAGCACGAAGUCGACGAACCUGCAUACGAACGCCCUCCCCAUAGCUCAGGAGACCAUUCCAAAGGACCACCCAAGCAGCCCUCAGAAAAUCCGUACGUAGCUCCUGGUACGGUUGCACCUGUCUACACCCCUCCAAAGCCAACACACGCAGUCGGUAAGCCUCCCGGAGGCGUACACCAUGGUGAAGGAAAAUCGGCUGGCCCUCCUGGCGCUUCUAAUCUGGCAUACAUGAAACCUUCUCAGACGAACAGUAAGCCUUCACAUCACCCUCAGUCCCCUGCACACAGUCUCCCAUCGUAUGGUCCUGGUUCAUCUUCUCAUGGCCCACCUGCUCAUGGCCCACCUUCUCAUGGUCCACCUGGCUAUGGACCUGAGAAGCCUACACCAGUUGUUGUGACCAACCCUGUCGUAUACGACAAGCCCACACCAGUAUAUGAGAAACCUUCAAAUCGACUUCUGUCUCCUGUUUAUGGUCCUCCCGCAGACCAACAUCCUCAUCGUGCAUACGAUAAGCCUUCUCGAGGACCACACGGAACGACAUCCGCCUACGCAACGCCGACAGCCGCUAUAGAGAAGCCAUCUUACGGGCCAAACAAGCCCUCUUCGUCUUUGAGCCAAUCGACGCCACUCUAUGCAAAGCCAGCAGGAGAUUUUGAGAAGCCAUCCGAUAAGGAACACACUAGGAAGCUCGAAGAGCAAUAUUCAUCUCCAGUGAAACCCAGCGGUGGCAGGCCCACGGGAAUCAAGGCCCAACAUGGGAUGCCUGUGCACGGCCAGCCCGCCAGCAAAGACGCAGUCUCCAAGAAGCCCAUCCCAUAUAUUGAGAUCGACGAGUCCGAAUGUAUCGACUGCCUUGAAGGAGAUGCUUGUUACGACGAAUGUGACUGGAUGUUCAACUGUGGUCAAAAGAAGAAGUGCUUCCACAACGGCGCCCGCGACAUUUUCGAGAUUUGCUACGAAAAGGGCCAAGAGUGCUCAGAUGAUAAGAAUGUGGGUUACGGCAAGCCAAAGGCUCAGAGUAAGAGCCAUGGCAAGCCCGAGGAUCAGAGCAAGAGCCACAACAAGCCUGAGGCCCAGAGCAAGAGCCACAACAAGCCUGAGGCCCAGAGCAAGAGCCAUGGCAAGCCCGAAAGUCAGAACAAGAGCUACGAAAAGCCAAAGGAUCAGGACAAGAGCUACGUGCAGCCUGCAACUGCGCCCGCGCAUGAAGCCACGGAGAAGGAGGGAGGGCAUGAGUAA